UUUCUAUGACGAGGAUAGAAUACUAUCAUUUAUCAAACAUUGUUAAACCAGCCACAGUAUGUCUUUAUCCAAGUGCUAUACCUCUACACCAGAAACAACAAACACUGCUCGACUGGCGAGGCUUAUACUGGGUCCUUGUACUGAUGUGUUACGUGACAUCCUAAAGACAGAAGUGCUACCAUCUGAUUUGUCAAAAAAGGUUAAAGAAUUUACAGAUAAACUCCCACGUGGACAAAGAAAUCCCCUCAACAAAUCACAAUCAGAGAUAAUAUUCCCCAAACCAACAGAACAAUACAGUGGUGAUUAUUCAGACUUAGACAUAUCUUUAUUGUAUAUGCUUAUACGCAAUGUAAGUACAAUACCAGCGCAUUAUAAAGGUUGGGGAGAGAUUCCGGACCCCGGAGACAGAAGCGUGGCCGCCAACAUUGAAAGAAUUCGUCUCAUCAGAAACCAGUAUUACGGACAUUCAGCUGAUCUGUCCCUAUCCGAUUCAGAAUUUAGACAGGAAUGGCGGAACAUCCGGGACAUUGUAGUGGAGCUAGAGCGACACCUAGGAACAACCACGAUAUACCAGGAUGCAGUCAUCGAGAUAAAAACCUGCUCUAUGGACCCAGAACAAGAGAAAAAAUACAUAGAUUUACUUGGAGAUAUCAGAGAACUUCAUACAACUGUGGAUUAUUUAUCGAGUAAUAUGCUGAUUAUGCAAAGAGAAUUGGCGCUUCAUGAUCCAAGACUUGCAAGAAAGAUCGAAACAACUAAGAAAAUGAUACAAAAACAUUAUGAAGCUGUUGGUCAUCUAUUUGUAAAAACUCAUGCGUUUGAGAGAGCCAAGGAACUGUUGGACAAUAACGGUUAUGUCGUCAUCAAGGGAAACCCCGGGACUGGAAAAACCACAAUCGCCAAGAUGUUAAUGAAAGAAUUGAUGGAGGAAGGAAAAUCUCCUCUUCAGCUUUACAAGUUAACAGAUUUGUAUGAAAACAUAUCACCAGGUGAUGGUAUAGUGGUAUUUAUUGACAAUUUAUUUGGUGAGUUUUCUUUGUCCAGCGAUGACGUUCAAGAAUGCAAAGCUAGAUCAGAUAUGAUAAAGGUUUUAAUUGAAAGUGACAUUGAUAAUAAAUCUAACAGAUUGAUAUUUGCUUUAAGAAAUGAUAUAUAUCAGGAAUGCAUACAAAACGAGUGCAAUGACGAUUUUUUUAUGUCGUCCUUGGUUGACCUAUCAGGGAAAGAAAAUGCAUUGCUCAAGGAAGAGAUCCUGCAGCUAUCAGAAAAAUAUGGGCUAUCUGAAUACAUAAAAGACAAAGAACUUAUUCAUAAGGUAUAUGAAAUGCCACUAGCUAUAGGGUUUCCACAAUGUUGUAAAUUAGCAAAAAGCAAUGAAGAUUUUAAACGAAACGUAAUUGCAUUUUUACCAAAUGCAAUAUCGUUUAUGAGAGACUACUUCAAAACAUUAUUGAAAAAACGAACUGUUAAAUCUGCUGUUUUAGUGUAUCUUCUUCUGAAUGGAGGAAAAGUAGAAGUCGAAUUGAUUGAAAAUCCUCGACUGAAUUUAGAGUUGAAGCGCUACUCUUUAGAAUUUGUAGGUCUACAAAACUCGUAUGUUAACGAUUUCAAGGACAGUGUGUUUUGUUUUGAGGGGUUUUUAAUAACGCAUGACACGAUAGAAAAUACAUACAAAUUUUCCCAUAGUUCAAUACAGGAAUCCCUUUUCAGUGUCUUGUUUUAUUUUGAUUCUGAAAAAAUUAUCCAAAUGUGUAAUCCGUCCCUACUUCUUACAUUAACGACAUGUAAAAACCCCAAAAGUACACAAGUUCACAUAGAACAAAGAUUGUUUAAAUAUGUUGCCCGCCGCAUUGCAAAUAUAAUUGGAGAUAGGUCUGUAAUUGGAUUUUCUUCCAUAUCAUCACUGGAAUUAUGGAAUGAUUCACACUUCCAUGAGCACGUAUUACAAUCUGAAGAAUGCACCUCGAAGUUUAAAGGAUGUCUUGAUACCAACGGUGAUUCAAUGGUUGUGCAUUUUUCUAAGGUGGGAAAUAAGCGAUGGGUUGAAUAUUUACUUCCGAAUUCAGAAAAAAGACAAAGAUACAGAUCAAUAAACGCCGCUUGCUCUAAAAAUCAACCAAGUAUUGUUAAUCUUAUUUUGUCAUCAGGUGUGGAUUGUGAUCUUCAAACGUGUUUUAAUGCUGUACAAAGUGGUAAUAUAGAAUUAUUACUCCGAGUGUGUGAGUCUGUUGAUCUUCGUCAAAUUUCUCAUUCCUUGCAUCCUGUCUGGAAACAUAUAAGGCAUAGCUUACUGCAGGAGAUAUGUUUGAUGCAACAAACACAAUUAAUUGAACAAGUUCUGGAAAAAUAUCCAUUUCUUGUAAAUAUUAAGGACAGCCAGGGCAGCAAUGCAUUACAAGGUGCAGCUAGUUCUGGAGACAAACAUGCAUUCAAUCUUCUAUUAAAGUUUGGCUUUGAUCCAUAUGAAAAAGAUCGAGACAGUGGUCACACGGUUCUUACUUGUGCUUGUCAGGAUGGUAGGCUAGACAUGGUCAAAUACCUUAUUGAGAAAUAUCCUGCAUUACUCCAGGAACAUACAGAUAUUCACGGAGACACUCUUUUGUUUUGGGCGGCUUACAGUGGAAGCAUAGAUAUGUUUGAAUAUAUGCUCAACCUCUUCAAGAAUGAAAAUAUAUUACAUAUAUCAAGUGACAAUAUACCAAAGGGAGAUAAAACAGAUAAUUCAGGUCAAACUAUCCUGCACGCUGCAUGCGAAAAUGGUCAUUAUUAUAUGAGUGAAUACCUGUUAAACAGAUACCCACAAUUACUGAAUGUCUGUGACGAAAAUGGUAACAAUGUUCUCCAUUACACAGCUCAAGGAGGCAACGUAGAUCUUUUUAAGUUUCUUUCAAGUAAAGGAUUAAAUGUCAAUGAUACAACAAAUACAGGAUGGACUGUGUUACACAAAUGUUGUGCUGGGGGUAAAGAAGAAAUGUGUAGGUAUCUUGUAAAUAUGUAUCCAUGUUUAAUAUCUGUUAGAGAUAAUGAUGGAUGCACAGUGUUACAUUCAGCUUGCGGUGGAGGUAGUGUAGAAGUUGUGUAUUUUCUUAUAGAAAAAGGAGUGGACAUUAAUACCUUGUCAAUUUAUGGUAGAAGUAUCCUGCAUAGUGCCUGUCUAAAUGGGAAGUUUGAAGUUUGUGAGUACUUAGUUGAGAAUUAUCCCCAUCUAUUAGACGUCAAAGACAAAUCUAGUAACACAGUGUUACAUGAUGCAGCCUGGGGAGGCAAUGUUCAAAUAGUAAAACUAUUGAUUGAGAAAAAGAUGGACAUCAAUGCCCUACAGGGAGGUGGUGAAACAAUUUUACAUCAAUGCUGUCGUUCUGGUAAAAUGGAGAUGUGUGAGUAUUUGGUCAAUCAUUUUCCAGAUUUAUUGGAGAUAAGGGACACUAAGGGGUGGACAGUGUUACAUUCAGCUUGCAGGGGAGGAAAUGUUGAAAUUGUUUCUUUUCUUAUACAAAAAGGGGUGGAUUUGAAUGCUUUGUCAAAUGAUGGUGAAACUAUCCUGCAUAGAGCUUGUCUCAAUGGGAAGUUUGAAGUUUGUGUGUACUUAGUUGAUAAUUAUCCCCAUCUUUUAGACGUCAAAGACAAAUUUAGUAACACAGUGUUACAUGCUGCAGCCUGGAGAAGUAAUGUUCAAAUAGUAAAACUACUGAUUGAGAAAAAGAUGGAUGUUUAUGCCCUACAAGGAAGCGGUGAAACAAUUUUACAUCAAUGUUGUCGUUCUGGUAAAAUGGAGAUGUGUGAGUAUUUGGUCAAUCAUUUUCCAGAGUUAUUGGAGAUAAAGGACACUGAGGGGUGGACAGUGUUACAUUCAGCUUGCAGUGGAGGAAGUGUAGAAAUUGUGUCUUUUCUACUUAAUAAAGGAUUAGAUACCAAUGCUUUGUCAAAUGAUGGGAAAAGUAUUCUCCAUAGAGCCUGUCUCAAUGGAAAGUUUGAAGUUUGUAAAUACUUAGUUAAGAAUUAUCCCCAACUUUUAGAUGCCAGAGACAAAUGUAGUAAUACAGUGUUGCAUGAUGCAGUCCGAGAAGGAAAUGUUCAAAUAGUAAGAUUACUGAUUGAGAAAAAAAUGAACAUCUUUUCCCGACAGGAAGAUGGUGAAACAAUUUUACAUCAAUGUUGUCGUUCUGGUAAAAUAGAGAUGUGUGAGUAUUUGGUCAAUCAGUUUUCAGAGUUAUUGGGGAUAAGGGACAAUAGAGGAAUGGACAGUGUUACAUUCAGCCUGCUGGGGAGGAAGUGUAGAAAUUGA